UAUAAAUUCAGUAGCACUCUCAUUCAUCCGCAUACUAGUUGCACGCGAAGAGGAAGAUACGUUUACGGAACAGUUUUACAGACCAAAAUCUUUAAUUAAAAGAUGCAGAUCUUUGUGAAGACCCUCACAGGCAAGACCAUCACCCUUGAGGUUGAGCCAAGUGACACCAUUGAAAAUGUCAAGGCCAAGAUUCAGGAUAAAGAAGGCAUUCCCCCUGACCAGCAGAGGUUGAUCUUUGCUGGCAAACAGCUGGAAGACGGUCGCACUCUGUCCGACUACAACAUCCAGAAAGAGUCCACCCUGCAUCUUGUGCUGCGUCUCAGGGGAGGCAUGCAGAUCUUUGUAAAAACCCUCACAGGCAAGACCAUCACCCUUGAGGUUGAGCCAAGUGACACUAUUGAAAAUGUCAAGGCCAAGAUUCAGGAUAAAGAAGGCAUUCCCCCUGACCAGCAGAGGUUGAUCUUUGCUGGCAAACAGCUGGAAGACGGUCGCACUCUGUCCGACUACAACAUCCAGAAAGAGUCCACCCUGCAUCUUGUGCUGCGUCUCAGGGGAGGCAUGCAGAUCUUUGUAAAAACCCUCACAGGCAAGACCAUCACCCUUGAGGUUGAGCCAAGUGACACUAUUGAAAAUGUCAAGGCCAAGAUUCAGGAUAAAGAAGGCAUUCCCCCUGACCAGCAGAGGUUGAUCUUUGCUGGCAAACAGCUGGAAGAUGGUCGCACUCUGUCCGACUACAACAUCCAGAAAGAGUCCACCCUGCAUCUUGUGCUGCGUCUGAGGGGAGGCAUGCAGAUCUUUGUAAAAACCCUCACAGGCAAGACCAUCACCCUUGAGGUUGAGCCAAGCGACAGCAUUGAAAAUGUCAAGGCCAAGAUUCAGGAUAAAGAAGGCAUUCCCCCUGACCAGCAGAGGUUGAUCUUUGCUGGCAAACAGCUGGAAGACGGUCGCACUCUGUCCGACUACAACAUCCAGAAAGAGUCCACCCUGCAUCUUGUGCUGCGUCUGAGGGGAGGCAUGCAGAUCUUUGUAAAAACCCUCACAGGCAAGACCAUCACCCUUGAGGUUGAGCCAAGCGACAGCAUUGAAAAUGUCAAGGCCAAGAUUCAGGAUAAAGAAGGCAUUCCCCCUGACCAGCAGAGGUUGAUCUUUGCUGGCAAACAGCUGGAAGACGGUCGCACUCUGUCCGACUACAACAUCCAGAAAGAGUCCACCCUGCAUCUUGUGCUGCGUCUCCGGGGAGGCAUGCAGAUCUUUGUAAAAACCCUCACAGGCAAGACCAUCACCCUUGAGGUUGAGCCAAGUGACAGCAUUGAAAAUGUCAAGGCCAAGAUUCAGGAUAAAGAAGGCAUUCCCCCUGACCAGCAGAGGUUGAUCUUUGCUGGCAAACAGCUGGAAGACGGUCGCACUCUGUCCGACUACAACAUCCAGAAAGAGUCCACCCUGCAUCUUGUGCUGCGUCUCAGGGGAGGCAUGCAGAUCUUUGUAAAAACCCUCACAGGCAAGACCAUCACCCUUGAGGUUGAGCCAAGUGACACUAUUGAAAAUGUCAAGGCCAAGAUUCAGGAUAAAGAAGGCAUUCCCCCUGACCAGCAGAGGUUGAUCUUUGCUGGCAAACAACUGGAAGACGGUCGCACUCUGUCCGACUACAACAUCCAGAAAGAGUCCACCCUGCAUCUUGUGCUGCGCCUCAGGGGAGGCCAUAUUUAAGUUAAUUGUCCAUCUCAUUGAAGGACUUUUCAGUCUGCCCUGCUCACCCCCCUCCCUCCACACAAAUGUUUUUUUUCCCACUGAUUAACUAUUACUAUUUUCACCUAUUUCUGUUUUUUAUUCUUUAAAUAUGUCCAAAAUAAAAGCAUUGGCAUUUAAA